AUGGCCGAUCCGGCGACGAAAGGAAUGGCGUCCGCGCCCGCAAAGCCACAAGCUCAACCACGUCUUUCUACAUCAUCCGUCGCUAUGUCAGCUAAAGCCAAGACGCAGGCGCAUCCUCCAGUGUCUUUUUCAUCUUCUACUGCCCAGCAGAAGCCUCAAAACGUUGGUGACAAGACGACUCCAGUUGCUCCCAGUCGAAGCUCAGCUUGUACGACGUCUAGAGACGUUAAAACGAACGCAAAAGCUUCAAUUUCAUGCUCUAAAGCAGGUGUAGAUGCUUCAGCCAUGGAUCGAAUGCUUCGAGCGCAGGAAGAGGCGCGUAGAUUGCAAUUUGCUCUGGCGCAGCAGCAGGUUCAACAGUAUCAAGCCAUGACAAAGCAAUUGGAAGCACAAUCCGGUAUUUCUAUGACGCCUUCUAGCUCUAUCAAAAGCAGCAGCUCUGCGAGUAGUAAAAUGGCUACGAGUAUGACGGGACUGACCAAGACGUCAGAGAAUCUGCAGAAACUUCGACAGGAACAACUGGCAAGACUGCAGCAGAAUGCACAGCGACAGGCUGCCAUGGCAGCAGAGGCGAUGCAAAAGCGUUCAAAUGAAGAGUGGAUUCGGAAUAAGCUGCUGCGAGAGCAGGAGCACAUAAAGCUACUGAAAACCCGCGAGCAGCAGCCAUGUCAGACUAGCAAAGGGAAUGCCGCGACGACAACCACAUCCACAUCGAUUGCUGACAGCUUGUUGGCACAGCAGCAGCAGGUUAUUCGACAGCAACAGAUGCUGAAAGAUAUGCUGCAGAAACAGCAGAAACGGCAACAAGCACACAUGCAAUUGCAAAUGCAACUAAAGAAAGGAGGGGACAAAAGUGCCAAGAUAACGCAGACAACUACGGCAAUAUCAAAGAUACAAGCCAAACCUUGCGUUGCAACUGCACCAACGUAUUACUCGGUGAAAAAGAAACAGAUGAAGAAUACGUUUGAUAUGGAAUUGGAAGCACUGGCAAGGGUCUGUAUUCGAGUCGCCAAUGCAAGAACUGAUAGUGAAAUGCGUCAAGCUUUGGAUAAAAUGACGUCGUGGCUACAACGGUGCACGGAUCGUUUGUUGCUACAAAUUGCACAGCGAGACUAUCGUGACUCACUUGGCCACCGCCGGCCGAUGCUUAUUCAACAAGACCGGUGGCCACCGGAUCUCCAUGUCAAGUCCGAGGGUGUCACGCAAAAAAUCACACAAAUGCUGGGCGCGUUCUUGUUGCAAGAACAAAGUAGAGCUGCUCAACCACCAGUUGCUGUAAAAGGAGCUGUGGCUGCCAAGUGUGCUGUUACUGCUGUGUGCUCUUCCAAUGCUUUAACUAGCGGCACCGUCUCUUCCAGCUCCACUACCGCUAUCACUUGUACUACUACCACUUCUCGUGUUGCUACUCCUGCCAUCACCGGCAUGUCUGCUGCUAGCUUGGCCACUGGCGGUAACACUGCUAGCAUAUCCUCCACUAGUACUGUUGCCACUGCUACGUCUAGUAUCGUCCAAAAACAAUCAGCAGUCGUAGCGUCAAUAACCACGGCUUCCGGUACACCAGUCGUGUUGCCGCCAACACCAACACUUGUUCGAACCGUUAAAAGCUCUAUAAAACGUGACAUCGCAGCAAUCGAGCGGGAGUACGCUGAAUUGAAGGCCCAUCUUCAAGCCAAACAGGUUGAGAUUAACCAGAAGGCAAAGGCAAAACGAGAUGCGGCAAAACUGGAAGCGGCCAAAGCGCUCGGCGUCAUGUGUAACCGCGGCACAACAGCUUCAAUACUAGCACCUACACACAAGCGCUCGUUGCAGGUUAAUAUCCCUUCUUCCGUCAAGAAACAACGGCCAGAUGCGUAUGUAUUGCCACCAAGUCCGCAAACCGCUGGCUACCGACCUUCCACACCAUCUGCUACUCCAAUCUCUCCUCAAGUUGCGCAGCAAUUUUACGAUCUAGAUUUGACCACCCGAACUAGCUCCGAGUCUGAGGACAAGAUGUACUUGCCGCUAAAGGUUGUGUCUAAAAUCAUGUAUAAGGUUCUGCUGGGCACGUAUGACAAGGAUGUCACUGGUGGCGAUGUAAGUAUAAAGCGCGAUGAGCAAGCAAAGGGUAGAACAUUAUUGCCAGCCAUCUCACACAUCCCUCAAGAACACGAAUCUAGGUUGGAAGACACAGUCAGAAUAAGCGAUGAGGCUGUGACCUUUAUGCAAGAAUGCGUCACCGAGUUUCUGCUGUAUUUCACUAGCGAGGCGCGCGAUCUAUCCGUGAUGCAGAACCGGAGAACGAAGAAAGGUGUAGGUCUGUCGAUCUCUGGCAGUAAUGUCGUAGAAAGCAUGGAGAAUCUAGGAUUUACACCGUACGCUCACGUGUUAGCCAGAUAUAACGAGAAAGUCAAGGCCAGUCAAGAUGCCGCGGCGCGGAAGAAGACAGAACGGAAACGACUCAUCCAACAGCAGACAAUGCAAAAAGCUGCGGCGGCGGCUGCUGCUGCGAAUGCUGCCAAGGCGACGACAGCAGGUCAGAAGGCAGUUUUGCCACAUGCGACGAUGAAGCUGACGAAUCCGUCGCCACUAGCGAUCUCGAGACUAGGUUCAAGCGUGUCCGCAAGAAUAGGGGGGGCACCGGCAAGGUCAGGGAUAAAGACUGCAAACCCGACUGUAACUGCGACAACAACGACACUGCCUGCAAAGCCAGCAAUGACAACAAUACAGGCAGCACCGACUACACGUGCAGCACCGACUGCUUAUGCAGCAUCGGCCUUACAUGUAGCGCCGACAAUACAUGUAGCACCGACAAUACAUGCAGCAUCGACUACAUGUGCAGCACCCACACGGCACACCACGCACCCCGCCGCCCGCCCCCCCCCCCCGACUACUUAUGCAGCAUCGACAGCAUCGAUUAAACGUGCAGCACCGACUGUAUAUGCAGCACCGACUGUAUAUGCAGCACCGACAGCACCGACUACACGUGCAGCACCGACAGCACCGACUAAACGUGCAGCACCAACUGAUGCAGCACCGACUGUAUGCAGCACCGACAGCACCGACUAA